CCCAUCUUCAUUCCUUACUCUACCCUCGCCCAGUAAACACGCCUGGGAAAACAUGAAGUGGUUCUGCCUGAUAAGCAUAGCUGUCUUGGGACUUGCGGUAUCCAAUGGAGCACCUCAAAUCCCCGCUGGUUACGGAGUACCCCAAAGUCAAGCUCCUUCUAGCCAGGUCUCCAGUGGGUAUGGAGCUCCUUCUAACCAAGUCUCCAGUGGGUAUGGAGCUCCUUCUAACCAGGUCUCUAGUGGGUAUGGAGCUCCUUCUAACCAAGUCUCCAGUGGGUAUGGAGCUCCUUCUAACCAGGUCUCCAGUGGGUAUGGAGCUCCAUCCGGCCAAAUCUCCAGUGGAUAUGGCGCACCGCAAGGGCCAAUUAUUGGUCCAUCUCAACAAGGAGGAGUAGGUGGAGGGAAACCAUCCUACCGACCAAGAAGACCUGCUAAAAGACCAAACAGACCACACAGACCAAGCAGACCAUCUUACAAUGGAGGCGGUGGAAAGCCAGGAGGAUUCGACAUUGGAAACAUCUUCUCCGGAAUUGUUGAUGUUAUCAGGAAGGUGAAGGGUGGAAUUAUCCAGAUUGAUGGCGGAAUUCUUCAAGCCAAGGGAUCUAUAAUCAAAUCUGCUGGAGAUUUCUUAUCAGGCAUUGGACAAGGAAUUGCUGGUUCCGAUAAUGGAAAAGGAAAUAAUGGCUACCAAAAGCCCUCAUCCAGCUAUGGUCCCCCCUCUGGCAGUGUAUCCAGUGGUUUCAGUGGUACUGUGUCCUCUGGAUAUGGAGGAGCCGUGUCAAGUUCAUCCGGUAACGCCAACUAUGGAAAUGUAGGAGGAGCUAGUGGAAUCUCUGAUGGAUACGGAGCUCCUGCUGCAGCCCCUAUCUCUAUACCUUCUGAAGGAUAUGGUUCCAGCUCUGCUGUUGGUCCUUUUGAGCCCAGUCCUCCUACUUAUGGAGGUUUUGUGGCAUCUGUUGAGCCUGUAAGUUCUGGAUAUGGAGGUCCUACCUCAGACACCGGAUUUGCUAGCCCUGCUGUGGAAUAUGAUUUUGGUGGAGAGCCAAGAGGAGCUGGAUCUGGUUCUGUUGCAAGUGCUAUUGAUGGCUAUGGUGCUCCUUCAGCGGAUCCUAUCAGUUCUGGGUCUUUUGAUGCUGUUUCUGCUGUUGAUAGUUAUGGUGCUCCCUCCGCUGAUCCAAUCAGUUCAGGAUCCUUAGAUGCUGUUUCUGCUGUUGAUAGCUAUGGUGCUCCUUCUGCUGAUCCUAUCAGUUCAGGAUCCUUAGAUGCUGUUUCUGCUGUUGAUAGUUAUGGUGCUCCUUCUGCUGCUCCUAUAAGCUCUGGAUCUUUUAAUGCUGCUUCUUCUGCUGACAGCUAUAGUUCUCUUUCUGCUGAACCUUCAAGCUCUGGAUCGUUUGAUGCUGUUUCUCCUGCUGACAGCUAUGGCUCUCCUUCUGGUAAUCCUAUCAGCUCUGGUAGCUCUGGGUCUUUCAAUGCAGUGGCCAGCAACGACUUCUCAUCUGCUGAUCCUAUUAGCUCUGGAUCCUACUCUGCUGCUUCAUCUGGAUAUGAAGUUUCAUCUGAUGCAGUGUCUGCUGAUGACAGCUAUGGCUCCCCUGUUGCUGAUCCUAUUGGUGGAGGAUCUAUCAGUAGUCCAACUAUCUCUGCUCCUGAUUCCUAUGGAUCUCCUGAAGCUGCUCCAAUCUCCAACGAGGACCCAUAUUCAGCUGGAUCUGAAUCUGGGUUUGGAGACUCAACUCUGUCUGUUGCAGUUCCUGCAAAUGAUAACUAUGGAUCACCUUCUGCUGAUCCCCUUGCUUCCUCCGCAGUUGCUGCAGUCUCUGACAGCUAUGGUGGACCUAACGCUCCUCUUGCAAGCAGCUAUGAUGCUCCUGCCGUCCCUGCAGGCUAUGCUUUUUAAGCAGAAACAACUUUAAACCUCAAUACAGUACUACAAAACAACAUUCACAGAAGUAUCAUCAUCCUUACCGGCCAUUUUAAAUCAAAUUCAUAUAUCCACAGCACAACUAUUCUCCACACGAUGGUCAUUAUUGUCUUUUCUGAAUGAAAGCUGCUAGCAGCGGCCAUUUUAAAUUUUCUGCUCACAAUGGCCAUAUUAAAUUGUCGGCAUUAACAAUUGAAAUUGUGGCAUUACUCUUAUGUGUUUUUAUAUUCCCCCUUUUUACAGGGAAAUGGCAUUCCUUAUCUAUUUAGAAGUCAAAACUCUAGUCCUCUCUUCAUGUAUUUAUGUAUUUAUUAAUUUAAAUUUCAUGUAACUGCUAUCAACGGAGACCUUCUAAAAAUCUUUUGCAAACAGUUAUUUUGGUUUAAGAUGUGUUUACAUAAAUGAUUUUUAUUUUGUUUUUAGUUUUAAUCCUAUAGAAUGUUUUACACUUGUCUUGCAUUCAUUUUUUGAAUGUUGAAUCUGGUUCAAUAUUCAGAAACCUUGUUUAUGUUUAUGUCCAAUUUUACAUUUUAAAUAAGGCAUAAGUUGAUAUAUUUCCAAAGUACAAAGCGCCUUAUACUUAGGUAGACGCAUUGUUACCAAUUUUGGACAAACAGAAUAUUUUCUCAGAGAGAAAAUUUUCUUUUAUUUUUAUUAUUGUUAAAACGUUUACGGAAAUUUUCGUAAUUGUGUAUUUUCAUAUUUGGACUUGAAAUAGAUAAUACUU